GAUCUUUAAUAAUAUUCAUUCAAUGCUUGUGUGAGUGAAUGAAUGAACGUCAUGACAAUUGUAUAUAGUGUUCGAUUCUGUUUAUUUACUAUAAUAAAUGAAAAAAAAAGAUAAUUUUAAGAAUAUUACACAUGAAUCACAAAAAUGAAUGAUUUAUUGUAGGAAAGUCGCAAAUAAAGUGAAAUUUAAGUUGAAAAUUGAAUAAAAAUGCUGUCGCAUACGAUGCAAUUUAUAUAAAAACAAGAGAAUAUAUGAAAUACUUGCAAAAACGAGAUGAUUUAUAAAUUUACAAAGAGAGAAAAAGAAGCUGUUCUUCAAUACUAUUUACAUGUGCUCCAAAAGAAAAAUUAUAUUGUUUAUAAAAAUUAAAUGUAUAUUUUUACAAGUAUUGUAUAGUUCCAUGUGUAACAAAAUUUGGAGUUAUCUGACAUGAUUGACGUAGACAUAGACAUGUUUUAUAUUAUACCGCCAAAUGGUGAGAUACCUCUUUAUAUUUUGGAAGAUUGCAUUCUAACCAGAUUAAAUUAUUUGAGGCUUCUAAAUGAAGGAUCUACUAACGAAUUUGAUGGGAAAUUUGAAUAUUUAUUAGAAAAUUCUACUUACGAUAAAAUUGGACACUUUGUGUUACGGUUAUUAGCUUCCACAUCAUCAGAUUUAUGUACAUAUUGGAUAACUAAAGAGUCAUUAUUAUUUAAACAUAGAUUAGAUAAUAUAUCACCUAGACAAUUACAUAAAUUGUUAAAGCAAAUGACAUGGAAACUACAAAUAUUUAAAGACAAGAAAACUGCAAUUGACACAACUCUGAUUGAGCUAUGCAAAUUCUAUUUGCAACCUUUAGUUUUUAAACAUUUAAUAACAAAUUGUCAUGAUUGCAAUAAUUUUCGAUAUGAAGUGAGAUUUGAAAUAGUACUAGACUUAGUAAAGGAAAGGGAACUAGUUCUUAACAAUGGAAAUGUCAUCACGUAUUGUUCAAAUUGGAAAAAAGUAUUUCGAUCAUUAUUCAGUAAUUAUGUAAUUAGUGAAAUGAAUAUCAUGAAGAGACAAUCGCAACACACCAUAAAACAUGAUCUUAGAUUCCAUAUUUUGAAUCAACAAGUUCAUUCUUAUCUCUUCAAGGAAGGUAUUGCUCAUGGAAAUGUAACUAUCGACAACAUAGAGGUAGAAGCACAGAAAUUCCCGUUGUGCAUGCAACACUUGCAUUCUGUAUUAAGAAAAAGACAUCGUCUCAGUCACUAUGCGCGCUUGUACUACAGCCUUUUUUUGAAAGAAAUAGGGAUGACCCUAGAAGAUUCAAUUGUAUUUUGGAAGCAAGAAUAUUCCAAGCCACAUACUUGUACUUCAGUAUGUUCGCAUAAUUGGCAAUCGAACGAGAAGAAAUUCGUGUACAGCAUCAGGCAUAUGUAUGGCUUGGAGGGAUCGCGGAGAAAUUAUAAGACACCCGACUGCAAUCUAAUUUGCGCUGGUAUUAGUGGAGCAACAUACGAGGGUGGCUGUCCUUUCAAGGAUUUUGAUACGAGUGCACUCAGAAAUCUUUUACAUGCCUCAUUGACUGACGAUGAAAUUGAGAAAUUUAUAAAUAACGUAUCUGUUAAAGAUCCAGAAGUUCUAUGCACUGCAUUUCUGAAACUCGUACGCAAAGACGAGAUUAAUGAUAUCAUCGUCAAAAGUCCGGUACAAUACUACCAAAGAAUGAUCGAUUAAUAUUAUGACUUUGAAAUUAAUCGAUAUUAAUUAAUAUUUAUUAAUUUCAAAGUCAAUUUAUAUCACCUUUACUUCUGCUAUAAGUACUUUUUGUUAUUUACAAUCUAUGUUGAAGAAUCCUACUAAUAAAUAUUUUGUACACAUUAUAAAA